AUGACUGCCGAACCCGAGGAGGUGGUGCGACCCUCCCCCGCCCCCCUUCAGCCUACGUCCUCCUCAUCUGCCUCAUCAGCGCAAGCCUACAACCACCCACAACACCACAGCCAGCAGCAGCAAGUGCGCGACGAGUCGGAGAUCUUUCAGCUCGCACACGGCAGGCGCAAGAAGCCCGGUAGCCAGGAUGGGGCACCGGCCGUGUCCUUCAUUGAAGUGUACGACGAGCAGCAGCCUAUUCGCCUGAGCCACCUCUUUCGCCGGCCGGUGAUUCGUCAAUUCCUCAGCGAUGGGCGCAUCUAUCGCGAAAAAUUUGAGAGGGAAAGCUCGCGGUUCGAGCUCUUCUUCGACUUGUGCUUUGUGGGCAUCAUCCACCAACUCGCAGACGGCCUGGGUGAAGCCGAGUCAGGUCGCGCUCUCCAGCUCCUCAAGUUCGCACUCAUUUACUACCCAGCAUACAGCGUGGCGCUCGACGUGCGCUCCUACAUCAAUACCUCUGGCCUCGACGACGUGUGGUGUCGCCUCUACCUGCUCCUCCAGAUGCUUCUCCUCAUCGGGUACACAGCCAACGCAACCGCCGUCGAAAUCAUCAGCGAGCACAAGGGCAUCGUGCCCGAAGGAAUGGCCCUCCUCACCCUCGCCGAGUCCUCCUCCGAAUCCUCCCCUCACCUCGCUCACGGCGCCGGCGACGAGUCGUUGCCCCUCCUCGCCGUACCUCUAGGCAAAACGGGCCUCUGGUUUGCAGAGGGGUAUCUCUCGGCUAUCAUCGCAGCAGGCGUCUUCAAUCUCGCCUCCAAACUCUUGAAGGUCCUCCUCCUCUUCGUCUACGGAAUUGCCCUCCCGCGCUUCCGCCGUUCCCUGUGGCUGAGCAUCGUGCCCACCGUCUGCCUCGCAGCCAUCUACUUGCCCAUCCCUGCCAUCCCUGUCGCCGACCCGGCCAUGCUCCUUUGGCUCCUCGUCGCCGGCAUAGUCUGCGACAUCCUCUUCCGGUUCGGCAUCUCGUACACGAUGCAGUUCUGGCAUGGCAGGGCCAAACGUCACGGCCAUUCGGGGGACACGUUCAUUCCCGUCACGAGCGUCGAGCACAGCAUGGAGCGCUCCCUCCUCUUCACGCUGCUAGUCAUCGGCGAGUCUAUCCUCAACGCGACGUUCAAGGCGGAACCCGACUCCCUCGGCUUGAGCCAGGAGUACGGGCGAUCCGUCCUCGCCGUCAUCGUGGGAUUCACCCUCAUCUGGCUCUACUUUGACGCGGAUGGCUCCCGCUGCUUCGUGCACGCACUGCGUCGCAACCCAUUCACGGCCAUCAGCUUCAACCUUGCUCACUUUGUCCUCACGGGCUCCCUCAUCCUCAUGUCCUCUGCCCUACCUGGCCUCAUCCACGAGGUUCACUCCAAGGAAGGUGUUCGAUGGUUCUUUGGCGGGUCCAUGGCCACCUCUCUGGGCGUGAUUGCCAUCCUGGGGUUACUGCACAAGAACCUCGACAAGGCAGGUAGCGCAAAGUGGCCCUACCAUGCGCGCAUCGCCCUCCGCUUCGUUGUGAGCGCCGGGUUCGCCGUCAUCCCGCUCAACGAGGAGAUGCCCAACACCCACUUCCUCACGGCGUACGCCGUCCUCCUCGUUGGACUCGUGGCCAGCGAGACUUUUGGCAAGCUCGGCGCCGUUGGACGUCGGUACGAUCCGUUGAAGGCGGAGAAGUACUACGCGAGGCAAAAGGAGGAGACGCACAAGAGGAGGAGAUCGCGUAGCGCGAGCCUCGACAGGCGUUCCAGCUGGCACUACUAUGCUGAUCUGGGAGGGGACGAGCGCGGUGAUGAGGAUGUCGGGAUAGAGGGAGAGAUUGGACAGAUGGAGAUCAAGGACCAUAACGAUGCGGCGCAGCGGUGGGCACUGCUGGCGCUUUGA